AUGGACAAGAUCAAGGAGCGCAUGAUCGCCCUCCGCGCCGAGGCUGAUGAGGCUCACGAGCUCGUCGAUGAGCUCAAGGCCAAGGUCAAGACCUUGGAACAAGAGAAUUUGUCCAAGGAACAAGAGAUCACAUCGCUCAACCACCGCAACCAGCUUCUAGAGGAAGAGGUUGAGAAGGCAGAGACCGCCCUCAAGGAGGCUAAGGAUGCUGCCAGCCAGAGCCUCCAGCACGACACUCAGAACGAGGCCCUGCAGCGACGGGUGCAGCUCCUUGAGGAGGAGGCUGAGGAGAAUGACAAGACUCUGCGGGAAACAAACGAGAAGCUCCGCCAAACCGACAUCAAGGCUGGCCACUACGAGCGGAAGGUGCAGGCACUCGAGGACCAACACGCCAAGCUGGAGCAAAGAUAUGAGGAUGCGAUCAAGGAGCACAGCACCGUCAAGAAGGAGCUUGACGACCUUGCAUCCCAGAUGGCUGACAUCUAA